GCAUACGACCGCACCGCUCGGGCAACCGCACGGCGCACUGUAGUAGCAGCUUUUUCGGUAACGUUUUUGGUUUCAUUUGAUGCGCGGGUACCCGUAGCUGUCCACGGAGCAAGUCUUAUCUGCAUUCAGCACUCGUCUCGUGACGUGUUUGGUGUCGCGGCGUCUUGUCGAUCAAUCCGAACAAUCGCGUUACGGUACAAUCACGGAUUAGAUCUGUGGUACAGUUCAGAUACAAUAUUACUAUCGCCGGACGUCUUUUUCGUUGUCCGCCGCCAUCGUCGAAUUCCGCAAUAUUGCGUCGUCUCGAGAAUUGUCCGCAACGACUUUGUCGGUUCCCGGAGGCGCUGGGCUUGCCGUCAAAGAUUCACAUCUUUGGCCAAGUCGACUACGGAAGCGAACCAAAAUCGCUUAUAAUUUCAUCAUUAUUUCCGCGUCCCAAAAGGGUGACACCAUUUAUAUGAAGUUUCUCGCCACUGUAUCGACAUCAUUAUCCAGAGCAAGAUCUGGCAAUUAUAAAAAGCUCAUCGAGCCAUUUAUUGGCCCUUCUACAGAGUGCAUGAGUUCUUCAAAAUACCUGGGAUUUAGUUUUCGACAUUUGUUGCAACAGGACAUCAAAAUACUGCUGCAAUCGACACAGAAAAUUCAGGGAAACGUGACAGGUUAUACUUAAAAUAGGAACGAAAUAGCUGCAACCAUGGGUAGCGUGAACGUUAAUCGGAAUGUCAGUGAUGCAUUCUAUAGAUAUAAAAUGCCUAGACUCAUGGCUAAGGUCGAAGGCAAGGGCAAUGGCAUUAAAACGGUUCUUGUCAACAUGGCUGAAGUAGCCAAAGCGAUUGGACGACCAGCUACGUAUCCAACUAAGUUCUUUGGCUGUGAAUUAGGCGCUCAAACCCAGUUUGAUUUUAAACACGAUAGGUUCAUUGUAAACGGAGCUCAUGAUGCUGGCAAACUUCAAGAUUUAUUGGAUGGCUUCAUUCGGAAAUAUGUAUUGUGCCCAGAGUGUGAUAAUCCAGAGACGGAACUAAUGAUCAGCACUAAGAAAGGAACAAUACAUCAAGGAUGCAAGGCCUGUGGUUUUUAUUGCUUAUUGGAGUCCAAACAUAAAUUAAAUGCUUACAUUCUUAAAAAUCCACCAAAUUUGAAUCCAGCUGCCCAAGGAUCUUCUUUGACUGAAGGUAAACGCAACAGACGCUCUAAGGUCAAAGGUGGCGAGAACGGUGAAGGCGGACGAUCCAGUUCUCCAGAAGAAAACAAUUCAGAACUGAUUGUGCAAGCUCCUGAAAAGUUGGCCGGAGACAAAGAUGAGGAUAAUUGGGCCGUUGAUGUCUCUGAAGAAGCGGUAAGAGCUCGUAUGCAAGAUUUAACAGAUGGCGCUAAAGGAUUAACCAUCGAUGAAGAUACUGACAAGACCGAAAAGGAGCGCAUGGAUAUAUUUUACAACAAGGUUCAAAAGGCGCGUGAUUCUGGUUCGAUAUUGGCUAAAGAACUUGUGGCUGAAGCUGAACGUUUGGAAGUUAAGAGCAAGGCGACUUUGGUGUUGGCUGAAUUGCUGUUUGACGAUAAGAUUCAUUUGCAGUUGAAGAAGCACCGUGUCUUGUUUUUACGUUUUUGUCACGAGGAUCAAAAAGCACAAAGAUAUUUACUCGGCGGUAUUGAACAAGUCAUUGGAUUGCAUAAAACAACUCUGUUGCCAAAAGUCUCCGCUAUAUUGAAAUUGUUUUACGAUGCUGAUAUUUUGGAAGAAUCUGUUUUGUUGGAUUGGGCUAGCAGAAUUAGCAAGAAAUACGUGUCGAAAGAACUCAGCCAAGAAAUACAUAACCAUGCGAAUCAGUUUAUAACAUGGUUGCGAGAAGCAGAAGAGGAGGAAGAAAGCGCCGACGACAGUGACGAUGAACUAGAGAUUGAGUACAACGAUCGUGUGCACACGAGUACUUUAAAAGUACAACCCACUCCACCUGUCGUUAAGCCUGCCGCUGCUGAUGAUAAUGAAGACGAUGUAGACAUAGAUGCCAUCUAGAUUGCAAUUAUUAACAUAUUGUCAUGUUUGAGAUUUAUUCUUUAUUAAAAUUAAAUGGAAAAUAAAUAAUUAGUAUUCAUAAUAAUCAAAUACACUACACAAUUUGUCAUAAAUUUCAAAUACUUUUUUCCAUUUUGUUAUUGAGUUAUUUAUAAUAUAUAUAUAUAUAUAUAAAUUUACAUUCAACGGAAUAAUAAAUGUUAAUGAUUUUAUUUGACAACA